AUGGGCGUUGGCGUACUGAAAACCUACCGUGACCUGUUGCCUGUCACCGACGCCACACCCAUGAUCACCCUGGGAGAGGGCGAUACUCCUUUGGUCAAAUCCAACCGACUGGCAGCGGAGUUGGGUUGCCCAGAACUGUAUUUCAAGCUGGAGGGCUGCAACCCCACGGGCUCUUUCAAGGACCGGGGAAUGGUUGUGGCCAUCGCAAAGGCGCUUGAAGAGGGUAGUCGCGCGAUAAUGUGCGCCUCAACCGGCAACACCAGUGCCUCUGCCGCAGCAGCAUUCCCCGACUCUGAUUCACGCUUCCCUCCCGACCUGGCCCGUGCGAGAGGCUACCCGGUGGAAGUGGAAUACGAGGACGUACCUCGGGCCUUUCCUUUGCCAGCCGACUGGGACCAGUAUCUGGCGCUGCUUUCCAAGAAAGACAAGGCACGAGCUGCCGCUGCCCGGAAAACUGCUGCCGGUCCUGGACAACGCAGACCGAAUGGCGCUGGUCGCCAUACGAACCCCGACGCAGUGAUGGAAAACUUCGAUACGUUCCUGGCUUUGAUGGCGGAUGAGCCGCCCGACAAAUAA